AUUUAUUAAGCGCGCGCGGCGGCAAAGUUCAAAGAAGUAGAGAGCAAGUAUGGACGAAAAAGAAGUUGAAAGCGAUGCUUCUGAAGCUAUGGAAGAAAGUCAAGAUGCAGCUGCCGUUAUAGAUCUGACAGAGUUUGAUAAGAACAACAGUAAUAAUGCAAUUAUUCAAUCUAAAAUACCUCAGAUUUGCAAAGACGAACCUUGUUGCUUUGGAAUCGAUGAAGCUGGAAGAGGACCCGUGCUAGGUCCUAUGGUGUAUGGAACAAGCUUCUGUCCAAUUUCAUGGAAUACACAACUUGGAGAACUUGGCUUUGCAGAUUCCAAGACACUGAAUGAAGGGCAGAGAGAAGCAUUGAUGAAGAGUAUCCAAGAUGCCAGUGACUAUAUGGGUUAUAAAGUUGAGAUCCUGUCCCCUAACUACAUUGCAAACUCUAUGCUUAGAAGGAACAAACACAGUUUAAAUGCUGUGUCCAUGGACUCUGCGAUAGGUCUGCUAAGGUUAGCACUGGCUGAUGGUGUUCAGGUGAAAGAGGUGUAUGUGGACACGGUAGGCGAUGCCAAGAAAUACCAGGAUAAACUGAAAGGUCUCUUCCCUGACCUGGACAUCACAGUGUGUCCAAAGGCUGAUUCAAAGUUCCCUAUCGUCAGUGCUGCUAGCAUAUGUGCAAAGGUAACCAGAGACAGAGCAACGACAGGCUGGAAGUUUGUGGAGACGAAUGAUUUUGACAAAGAGAACUACGGCAGCGGAUACCCUAGUGAUCCGGCAACCAAGAAGUGGCUAGCUGGAAACGUCGAUCCUGUUUUUGGAUUCUCACAGUUUGUACGAUUCAGUUGGUCCACGUCGAGUCUUAUCCUGGAUGACCAUGCCUUUCCUGUACAAUGGGAAGAUGAUGACGAGGAGGAAGAAGCAGCCAAAGGAACCGCCUCCCUCCUAUCAUUCUUUGCUCCUAAGAAUGCAGACGCUCGCCAGAAGAAACACCAAUUCUUCAACGAGAGAGACUUGAAGCAGGUCACUGCGAUGUGAAGCAAUCCUAAGGCUUAUUCAUGCGUGACACAGGAUACCAUGGCUGUUUUUUUAAAGACCCUUUCAGAAGUGAAAAUGAAAUAUAUGAAUUAUAUAUCAACAGAAAGCUCAUAAGUCAAUAUCAAUAACAUGAACAUGCUUUUUUAGUGUCUGUAAGAGGAGUAACAGCUGUCUGAAAACUUGAAAUAUUAAAGCUUUAAAAUUGGAAGUUGUCGACCUAAAAACAAGCUAUCGACUUGAGGACAUCAUCUUAUGUGGAGUAUGCAUAUUCACAAUAACUUUGCAUUAAUUAAGCAUGGCUCAUCGCAUCAGCUAUAUACAUACAUAGGUAAUGUGCAUACUCACUUUAUCAUUGUGUUAUGAAUACAGAAAUGUGAAACACUCUGCACUUUAUAUGUUAUAAAGAAACAACCUUCACAUUUUACAAUGUUGUAUGUGAAUGGGCCUUAAAAAAAGAUGGAUGUGUUUAGCUUCCGAUGGGUGUGGAUGAACAGAAACAACUACUGCUUUGGUAUUACCAGACUUGUGAACCUAUUUAUAGAAACGACUCUUAGAAAGUACAUGUUUGCUUUCCCAAUCAGAGUGAAGACUAGAGCUGCAACAGGUUAUUGGCCCUGGUUUCAUAAAACUUGUUAUCAGUAGCAAUUGUCACAUUUCUAUAACAAAUUUACUCUCAGCCAAUCAAAUGCAACGACUUGAGUAGCUUAUAACCGUUAUUGCAACUUGUUAGUGAUAGCAAGUUUUAUGAAACAGGGCCCCGGUUACUUUCAUAUCAGGGUAACCAUCUAACAACCUGGUAGAUAAUGGUUACAGCGCUGAACCAUUGAACCAUCAAUGUAAUGCAAGAUUGUUUAGUAAUUUUUCAGCAAUAUUUAAACCAAGAUUGACAAUGAACUCAUCAGUUCUUUCUUCAUAAUUAGGUUCAGCAAAUUUGAUUUUCUUGUUGAAAAAAAACAAGUGUCCACAAUAAUUAAAAUGAGCAUUUAUUAUUCAAAAUCACUGAUUUACUUAUUUUUCCAUUUUGUUGUUGUUGUUUACACCAUGGCUACACAGUUGAUUAACAGAAGAUGAGCAUUUACAAAUACAAAGCAGCAUUUUUUCUUUUCCACUGACAGUUGAUUUGUUAUCAAUAUUCUGAACGGGAUAUUUCAUAGUCCUACAGUAAAACUGGACUUUGAUAGGCUGAUUGGGUUUCUUGCAGAAUUUGAAGAGCGAAUGAAGUGCAACAUCAACUUUAGCCCAAUUCUGGGCAUGCAAAAAUGGUGGCAAGAGCAGCGAAACUGCCUGUAUGUAUCAAUUGACAUUUCUAUAUAAUAUGUAGCCUUGAUGUAUAAAGUCUGUAUUUAAUGCACUUAUUGUUUCUCAAGUCUGUUUCUCCUAUAAUGAUUAUAAGUUAUCUUAUUGAUUCAUACUGUGAUACAAAUUAUAACAACAGUCAAGACAUUUUGUGAUCUUGUUUAGCAUAGAGUAUAUUUAUUUGCAUAUACAGUACAAAACAAAUCCGAGUCAAGUUAAUUGCCCCAGACACAUGAAAUAUAAGUGUAAUUAGUACAUGUUAAAAUAGUCAUAGCCAAUCAUAGCAGAAAUACAAAUUAAUAAAAUAACCUUUCAUAUUUACAGCAAUAAUUACAAUUUCAGAUCUCAUGGCAAAAAAAAAAAUACAUUACUACAGUCAUUUUUAUAUAUAUGGUUAAUUGUUCUACAUUAAAUUGCAAUUGCCAAAGGUGUACAUUCAUUAGCUAUUUUUGUAAAUACAUGUACAAAUAUUUGUGUGAAAUAAAAGGAUUAA